AUGGCUGCCGUCGCUCAUCCCCCGGCGUCCGUGCCGACAGCGCCCGCUGCCUCUGUAGAACCUCCGUCCGCUUAUAUCAAGGAGGAACCCACCGUCACCUCUAACGAAAAGGCGGCGGAUUCCGACAAGGCGGUUGCUGGACCUGCCGACGGCAAGAACGAAGAUGGAGAUCAAAAGAGAGCACCGUCUUCAGAGCAGGAUGGUGAUGGAGGUGCCAAAUCCCCGAACGGUCCUGGCGCCGACACUUCGACUCGCUUUGAUCUCGAGCCUAAUCCUUUCGAGCAGUCGUUCUCUCGCGGGUCCCAGUCUCAGGAUCGUACCACUCCGCCGAGAGGUGGCGACGCCACCAGCAUCAAACACAACGCACUCCCGCCUCUCUCGUCGCUCACGAGCCCGGCAGCGGCAGACCCUACCCAGUUCCCUUGGCUGGCGGGACAGUCUCUCCGAUCUGGCCCUCUGAGCCCUGCGAUGCUGGCCGGCCCAGCCGCUCAGAACAACAACCAGAACAACAACCAGAACAACUCCCAGAACAACUCCAAUAGCAACGCAAACCAGACGUGGGGUCCAGCAACUGAGAACGCCGCUACCAGCGAGGAGACUUUCGAACCAGGCAACUUUAGGACCGGCUUCACGCCGGGCACUGGGUCGGGCUUCACGCCCGGAUACAAUGCACUGCUCAACCCGGGCUUUGGAAACCUUCUGCCCAGUCCGAACACGGCUAAUUUCCUUGCCAACCUUACAUCUGUCACCAACGAGAACGGUGAUCAGCAAGCCCCAACCGACCUGCGUCAGCCUCAACCUCCGUCUGGCAUUCACCAGCCCGGCGGCCCUCACGGCAUGUCGCACCUCAAUCCAGCACACCAGUCGGCGGAAACCAUCACGCCUGGCACACUGAACGCCAUCGCCAGCGACCUGAACCGGCAGCAGCCUCCUCCAGGAAUGGCGCCUGGCUUCUACCCCGGCAUGCAACCGCAGCCCGGCAUGGUGCCUGGCAUUCCGCCCGCCGACUAUGCCCAACAGAACGCCAAUGCCGCCAGCCAGGCUGCCAACGGCCUUUUCCUCUUGUCGCAAGCUCAUCAGGAGUUAUCCAAGAGGGAGGAAGAGGCCAAGUCGACCCCGCCAUCGUCUAAACGCGGCGCACCUUCCGGUGGUAGUGCGGGCAAAUCAGCAGGCCAGAAGCGGAAGGAGCCAGCAGGCAAGGGCAACGCAGCGAAGAAGAGCAAAAAGAGUCCCGAGAUCGAGCUGCCUUCUGACGAUGACUCGGACAGCGAUUCUAGGAAGAGCGGUGGUGAGAAGAGGUCACGCAACGAGACGGAAGAGGACAAGCGCAAGAACUUCCUGGAGCGCAACCGUCAAGCGGCGCUCAAGUGUCGUCAGCGCAAGAAGGCGUGGCUCAACGAGCUCCAGAACAAGGUCGAGACGCUUACCAUGGACAACGAGCGGCUACUCCACAAUGUUCGAGGGCUCGAAGAUGAGGUCAAUCGACUCACCAACAUCCUAAUGUCCCAUCGCGAGUGUGGCAUCGGCAUGCCUCCAAUGCCGCAAGCGUACGGCCGCCCUCUUCGCUAG